UAUCCCAAUUUUUCUGCCUCGUCCUCCAAUAAACUCUCGCCACGUUCUGUCCAAUGUGUGUUUCUAGGCUAUGCAUCGGGGUAUAAGGGCUAUUGGUGUUAAGAUCCGAGUACAAGACGAGUAUACAUUAGUCGUCAUGUGCGUUUUCUUGAGAAUGUCUAUCCUUUUCAUCAUCUUAGGGAAUCAUCUUCCUCACACGUCUCUUAUUCUGGUUCUACCUUGCCUGACUUGCCUUUUCCUACUACACCUGCUUCACCCUUGACCAUUAUACCUCGUGUUUCAACCAUGCCCAUGUCUGUUGCCCCUCACCUCACCUCACGGUCAUCACCAUCUCAUGGUCAUCAACCAGCCACCUUAGCCCAUCCACAUUCGAACUCAUGCACCAGCAGCGAACCCGUAACCCCCACCACCCCAACUUUCUCCUCUUCCCAGCAGCAUAGUUCUCCCAGCCCUCCUAUGACUCCCAGCGACACGUCGUCCCAACAGCCCAGUAAUGUGUCCAGUCCCUCGGUGUCCUCCCCGUCUUCCUCGAGUUCCAGUCCACUCACGGUCUCAUCCAUAUCUGAUCAUUCGACAGAUCACAUACCACUGUUGGGAUUGCUUAGCAUGAAUAAUACAUCCGUAGCUUUCAAAUGUAGUUAACUGAUUGGGAAGAAGAAGAAAAAAAAACGUAAGUAGCUUUUCCUUUGGUGUCAAAGCAUCAAUAACUUUGACACACUCACUUUUCAUUUAUAUAAACAAACCAACUUACUUAGUGGUGGUGGUUACAAUCCAAAUGCCCCACUCGGCACUGCACCCACUACGCACUAUUAAUACAUGCAUGCAUAACUAAUACGUAGCACUACUAUCUAACAUAAUUUAAUACUAAAUGCAAAUAACUUAAUGUGCAACCUAACUAAAUGACCCAAAUUAGACUAACACUAAUGCAACGGCACAUACGCAUAUUAGUACCGCUACAACACAUGCACGGUGUCACGUGACGCACACAACUUGUCAUGACUCAUCCCGCCGUGCACUCACACUCUAGUCUAAAAUGUAUCAAUGACUCAAAAUAAACUAAAUUAAACAUGACGAAAUUAUAAACAACAAGGUUAACUCCAACAUUCACCCCCUUAACCUUGUUGUCAUUUAUUUUGAAACUCCUCGCGGAACAUCACAGCAGCGCCGGCUCGUAGUCUGCGGUCGCGAAGGCGAGAUGUGCCUGCUCCUUCCUUGGUGAUGUGCAAUCCUUAGAGAAAUGCACAUACUCUUGACAGUUGUAGCAUCGAACCUUACGGAUGUCAAACGUACUCUUCUUCUUGCCGGUGCCACCGCGGUAGCGAGAACGCCACUCCUCCUCUGUGAGUAGCAAUUGACCUCCACCGCCAUGGUUAUUGUUGUCGACGCCGUCGUCCGCAUCGCUCCUAUCCUCCACCGUUAUGAGUCUUCCCACAAGCUCCUCCAUGGACAAGGUUUUAAGAUCAAGAAGCUGUUCAAUUGCAAUAGCUACCUGGGUGUACUUGGACAGCACGAUCCGAAGAAGUUUCUUCACGACCUUCACCUCCUCGAAGGUCUCACCGAGGGUGCGAAUCUUGUUGGCGAGUCCGUUCAUGCGCAUGGCGAGGUCAUCGAUCAUCUCACCGCUCCGCAUGUGAACGGAAUCAAAUUCCUUGAGUAGAGUUUGUGCCUUGGCCUCACGGACACGCUCAUCGCCCACACGCAUGGUCUUGAUGGCGUCCCAUGCCUCCUUUGCCGUCGCCUUCACGGAAAGCGUGGAGAGCAUCUCCGGUGGCACGGCUCGCAGAAUUGCCGCUAGCGCCACCCUAUCCUCGCUAAAGCUCCCGCCACCCUCGACAGCGUCCCACACGCCUUGGGCCUCCAUGUUCACCUUCAUGAUGAGUGCCCACUCGAAAUAGUUCGUCGCCGUCAACGUCGGGUAGACAACGGUGCUGCUGGCCUGGUGGACGACACGCUGCUGUACCACCACCUCGCGGCCGCCUCGCCGCGUCGGGCUCCGCCCACGUCGUACCGGCGAGCGUGACGGAGUGCGCGAACCUUCACCGGCCAUGGCUCUGAUACCAAAUGUUGGGAAUGCUUAGCAAGAAUAAUACAUCCGUAGCUUUCAAAUGUAGUUAAUUGAUUGGGAAGAAGAAGAAAAACGUAAGUAGCUUUUCCUUUG